CGCGGCUGCCGCUGCUGACAACAAGAUGGCGGCGGCGGGGCCGGCGGGCCCCGAGAGCCGGGUGCUGGGCUACACCCUGCACCGCUGGAGCAGCUUCUCCUCCACCUACCUGCCUGAGAAUAUCUUGGUGGACAAGCCUAAUGAUCAGUCCUCAAGAUGGUCUUCAGAAAGCAAUUAUCCUCCCCAGUAUUUGAUUCUGAAACUUGAGAGACCUGCCAUAGUCCAGAGUAUCACAUUUGGCAAAUACGAGAAAACGCAUGUCUGCAAUUUAAAGAAGUUUAAAGUCUUUGGUGGGAUGAAUGAGGAAAACAUGACAGAUCUGUUAUCCAGUGGCUUAAAGAAUGAUUAUAACAAAGAAACAUUCACCUUGAAGCAUAAAAUUGAUGAACAGAUGUUCCCCUGUCGAUUCAUUAAGAUAGUUCCACUCUUAUCCUGGGGACCUAGCUUCAAUUUUAGUAUCUGGUAUGUUGAACUUAAUGGCAUUGAUGAUCCAGAUGUGGUUCAACCGUGCCUCAACUGGUACAGCAAGUACCGUGAACAGGAAGCCAUUCGCCUUUGCCUAAAGCAUUUUCGUCAGCACAACUACACUGAAGCUUUUGAGUCGCUGCAGAAGAAAACCAAGAUUGCUCUGGAGCAUCCUAUGUUGACAGACCUGCAUGACAAACUGGUAUUGAAGGGAGACUUUGAUGCUUGUGAAGAACUGAUAGAAAAAGCUGUGAAUGAUGGCUUAUUCAAUCAGUAUAUCAGUCAACAAGAAUACAAACCUCGCUGGGGGCAGAUCAUCCCCAAAAGCACCAAAGGUGAUGGGGAAGAUAGCCGACCAGGGAUGAGAGGUGGCCAUCAGAUGGUUAUAGAUGUUCAGACAGAAACUGUUUAUUUGUUUGGUGGCUGGGAUGGAACUCAGGAUCUGGCUGACUUCUGGGCAUACAGUGUGAAGGAAAACCAGUGGACCUGUAUAUCCAGGGAUACCGAGAAAGAGAGUGGUCCUAGUGCCAGAUCUUGUCACAAGAUGUGCAUUGACAUCCAACGAAGGCAGAUCUACACGCUGGGACGCUAUCUGGAUUCCUCCGUGAGGAACAGCAAAUCUCUGAAAAGUGACUUCUAUCGCUACGACAUUGACACAAACACAUGGAUGUUACUAAGUGAAGACACUGCAGCGGAUGGAGGUCCAAAGCUGGUGUUUGAUCAUCAGAUGUGUAUGGAUUCUGAAAAACACAUGAUAUAUACCUUUGGGGGCAGAAUUCUGACCUGCAACGGCAGUGUUGAUGACAGCAGAGCCAGUGAACCGCAGUUCAGUGGAUUGUUUGCUUUUGACUGCCAGUGUCAGACAUGGAAACUUCUGAGAGAGGAUUCCUGUAAUGCUGGACCUGAGGAUAUCCAAUCCCGAAUAGGACACUGUAUGUUGUUCCAUUCUAAAAAUCGCUGCUUGUAUGUAUUUGGUGGCCAGAGAUCGAAGACUUAUUUGAAUGACUUCUUCAGUUACGAUGUAGACAGCGAUCAUGUGGAUAUCAUAUCAGAUGGCACUAAGAAAGAUUCAGGGAUGGUUCCAAUGACAGGUUUCACUCAAAGGGCUACCAUUGAUCCUGAACUGAAUGAAAUCCAUGUCUUGUCAGGGCUCAGUAAAGACAAGGAGAAGAGGGAAGAGAAUGUAAGGAAUUCCUUCUGGAUUUAUGACAUUGUGAGGAACAGCUGGUCUUGUGUCUAUAAGAAUGACCAAGCAGCAAAAGAGAAUCCAGGUAAAAGCCUUCAGGAAGAGGAGCCCUGCCCAAGGUUUGCUCAUCAGCUGGUGUACGAUGAGUUGCACAAGGUUCAUUACUUGUUCGGAGGGAAUCCUGGUAAGUCCUGCUCUCCAAAGAUGAGAUUAGAUGAUUUCUGGUCUCUGAAGCUCUGUCGACCUUCAAAGGAAUACCUACUAAGACACUGCAAAUACCUCAUAAGAAAACACAGAUUUGAAGAAAAAGCUCAGACUGACCCUCUUAGUGCACUGAAGUACCUGCAGAAUGAUUUGUAUGUAACUGUGGAUCACUCGGACCCCGAGGAGACAAAAGAGUUUCAACUUCUUGCCUCAGCAUUAUUUAAGUCUGGCUCAGAUUUCACCACUCUUGGGUUUUCAGAUGUUGACCACACGUACGCGCAGAGAACUCAGCUGUUUGAUACGCUAGUCAACUUCUUUCCGGACAACAUGACCCCUCCUAAAGGCAACCUGGUGGACCUCAUCACGCUGUAACGGAGCAAUCACUGGACAUGUGGAAGAGGGGAAAAGCAUCCAUUUUCAGUAUUUUAAUUUUUUUACUGCAUUGAUUGACUGCUGGGAUGAAGUAAUAUAGUAACCCCUAGGUGCUUGAAAGGGGUUUUAUACUUGUAUGGUGAAUCCCUGAAGCUUUUCCCUUGGAGUAGGUUAAUAAAAUGUAACUGACGUACUUCCGACUAAA